AUGUCGGACUUCGAAGGAAAAGUGAUCGCCAUCACAGGAGCAGCAUCGGGGCAAGGUCGUGCGCUCGCACAACUAUUAGCCAAUAGAGGAGCACUGCUCUCGCUGGCCGAUGUCAACGAGAAGGGCCUCGCAGAAACGAUCGAGUCACUCGAGAAUUCAUCGUCGCAUAUCACCACAAAGGUCGAUGUGGCGAGCAGCGCAUCUGUUGAUUCCUGGAUCGCAAAGACAGUCGAGAAGUUUGGGAAACUGGACGGAGGCGCCAACUGGGCUGGAGUCAUCAGAGUCAACCCGAUCGUGCAGGAGACAGAUGAGAACUGGGAUUUUGUCAUGGGCGUCAAUGCCAAGGGGGUGUUUAACUGCGUCAGGGCGCAGCUUCGCGUCAUGAAGGAUGGUGCCUCCAUCGUUUCGGCAGCAAGCACAGAUGGGCAGAUUGGUUGGCCGGCGUUUUCAGCCUAUUGCGCCAGUAAGCAUGCCGUUAUUGGCUUGAGUCGCAGUGCGGCCAAAGAACACGUUGGAAUUCGGGUGAAUUGCAUCGCUCCUGAUACCCCGAUGAUGGCGGAUGAUACAGUUGAGAACUCAGACGAGAUCAAAGCCCAAGUGCAAAAACGCAAGGCAAAUCCGUUUGAGAUUGCUAAUGUGGCUGCUUUUUUGCUCUCUGAUGCUGCUAGCUUUGUGACUGGUGCUGUUUACAACGUUGAUGGAGGUUGGAUCUGUUAG